UGGGCUCAGCUGUCUGGAGCACCAUUCAGCCUUUAGGAGACCUUCCCCAGUCCAGAGGCUCUUCACGCCCUCCUUACAGCGUCUCUGCUGCUGCUGCUGCUGCUGCCGCUGCCGUUCAGCUGUAGCCUUGACGGGAAUUUUGCUGUUGCACGUCUCUGACAGCUGAACUUACAUCAUUUUAACUUAUACAUCUUCGAAGCUAUUCAAUACUCCGGUGACCGCUGUGCGUCAUGCUCCGGGUCUGAUGCACCUGGACGUCCCGGUUACGCUUCAGGCGGACUUCAUGCCGACAAUAAAGCCCACCCGAAUGCCGAAGAACACGGACCAUCAGUGCAAAAGAAAGGGAUUAGAUCGAUUAGGCAAUUGAUUAGGCGUGAAUGCAGAAACCGGAGCACGUGUUCUCAAAAGGAACUAAUAAAGGAACCAAAUAAGGAACGAAUUAAGGAACGAAUAAAGGAACAAAUAUAGGGACGAAUAAAGACGCAGAGAGUGGUUCCGCUGGUCUUGCUCUCUGUGUAUCAAGCCCCAGGACGCACAUGAUGCUGCCUCACCCGGGGGACUCUGAGUCCGGGGGUUUGGGGGUCUGCCUCCUAUAGGGUCAGAGCCACAUGUACUGGUGAGGCAUUGAAGACCUCCGGUGAAGAAGCACAGAUCCUCUCCAUCACUCGAUCGUCUUCAAGAGAUGAAGGACAAAUCGAAGAACGCCGCGAAGACGCGCCGGGAGAAGGAGAACGGGGAGUUCUACGAGCUGGCCAAGCUGCUCCCCCUGCCCUCCGCCAUCACCUCACAGCUGGACAAGGCUAGCAUCAUCCGCCUCACCACCUCCUACCUGAGGAUGAGAGCCGUGUUCCCCGACGGUCUGGGUGACGCCUGGGGCCAGGCUUCACGAGGGAGCCAUCUGGACAACAUGGCCAAAGAACUGGGCUCCCAUCUCCUGCAGACUCUCGAUGGAUUUGUAUUCGUCGUUGCUCCUGACGGAAAGAUUAUGUACAUCUCUGAAACGGCAUCCGUCCAUCUUGGCCUGUCCCAGGUAGAGCUAACAGGAAACAGUAUUUUCGAGUACAUCCACCCAGCGGACCAUGAUGAGAUGACUGCUGUCCUCAGUGCUCAGAAAGCCCCCCACUGCCACCUCUCCCAAGAGUAUGAGAUUGAGCGGUCUUUCUUCCUGAGGAUGAAGUGUGUGCUGGCGAAGCGCAACGCCGGAUUAACAUGUGGAGGAUUUAAGGUGAUCCACUGCAGCGGGUACCUGAAGCUGCGGCAGUACAUGAGGGAUUUGCCGCUCUACGACGCCUGGUAUCAGAUCGUCGGUCUCGUCGCCGUGGGGAACUCGCUGCCCCCCAGCGGCAUCACGGAGAUCAAGCUCCACAGCAACAUGUUCAUGUUCCGGGCCAGCCUGGACCUCAAGCUCAUCUUCCUAGACUCCAGGGUGGCUGAGUUGACGGGAUACGAGCCCCAGGACCUCAUUGAGAAGACGCUCUACCACCACGUCCACGGCUGUGACGUCUUCCAGCUCCGCUCCGCGCACCACCUCCUGUUGGUAAAGGGCCAGGUGACCACUAAGUACUACCGGCUGCUGUCGAAGCGUGGAGGCUGGGUCUGGGUGCAGAGCUACGCCACCAUCGUCCACAAUAGCCGCUCCUCCAGACCUCACUGCAUCGUCAGUAUCAACUACGUCCUCACUGAUGUUGAAUACCAGGAGCUGCCGCUGUCUCAGGAACAGAACGCGGCCGUCAGGUCCGGCCUUAGCUACAAGAGAAGCCUGGCUUCUCCUCCUCCACCGCAUCACAAACACCUGAAGACCAGAACGCUGAAGGUCAAAACCAGAGUCAAACCCGCCCCGUACCCCACGCCUGCCAAGCUGAGCUGCUCCCCACAGGGGGGGGGUUGGAAAGAGAGCGUGCACGGCGCCACACCUGGCGGGUCCACCACGGCCCACCUGGAGGAGGGAGAGGGGGGUCGCGGGGUCCACCACAGCCUCAACACCCCCCACGAUCCCGAGGCGGCUCCUUACUGGACCGACCCCGAGCCGGCCAGGGCCCACCAGCUGCUGCCGAGCUGCACGGCCCUGCAGCACCGGGACGGCCUGCUUAAGGCAGAGCCCAGCCAUUCGCCGGUCAGGAGAAGGCCCAUCGCGGGCGCCGACACACUCCACCCCUGCGCCAGGGUGACCAAGGGGGGCGGCCGGGCGGCGUUCGGCCCGGAGCACGGCUACAAACCCACGGGGAGGGAGAGUGAGGGCCAGGGGGGGGCAGGCGCUCCACUGCCGUGUCCUCUGUUCGGCAGCUUGGUGCUGAGCAAGGGCAUUAGGGAGCAGCCUCGCCCCUUUCACGCCCAGACCUUCCCCAGGCAACGCCUGCUGGACCAGAGGAGGAGGCUGCCCGCGCCCGAGGCGUCCUCGUCCUGCCAUUACAAAGGAUACCUACACCACCACCACCCCGCCGGGCUCGGCCAGCAGAUCUCCGCCCAGGAGCAGGAGGCCGGGGCGCGGGAGAAGGAGGAGAGGAGGAUGUGGAUAGGAAUGGGCAUGGGCGUGGCCAUGGGCGGACCCGCCCAGCCGCCGUACGUGUCUUUGAACCUUCACCAAGUCUUCAGCAAUCGCAGCAGCGCCGUGAAAGCGCCUCCCUACACCGCGUUGGGCCAUUUUGCAGACGGUUACGGUUGCCACGGUAAUGACGUGGUGUCCUACAGCAAUAAGAGUCUAAGCCCCGCCCUAGGCCCCGCCCAAGGAGGGCAACGCGAGAUUCCACAUUACGUCGGUACAUCUGUGAUCAUCACCAACGAGAGCUGACCGAGGAGGAGCACAGGCGCACGACUCGUUGUCCACGACCGCGUGGAGGACGUCUACUCAAGGGUUCACUUCUUUCAGGCCUUUUGAAUUGUUCAAUUUUUCACGUUCAGACCCUGGUCCUUCUGUAGUGAGGGGGCAUCACAGGUGGGAGACGCUCAGGCCUUCUAGCUGUUACAGUCCAUCAGCAUCCAUGAGGAACACCUUGGGGAUCGAGUCUGAACGGACGGUAUACAGUGUUUUGUAGAACCUUUCAAAUGUGAGAAUACAAUAGUACUAGUAGCAUUAAUAAUGUAAGGAUUUUGAAUUGUAGCAAUAUGUAAGAUACAGUACAUUGUCUUGACCAAAAUAACUGGUUUUAAUCAAAUAGUUCAAGUUAAGAUUUUUUGAAAUAAAAAACUGGUUGGAUACCAAAAAGAAACAUGUUUCUUAGUAAUGCACUUUUCACUUGCAUAUAUUGUAUUUAACAUAUUUUAUUUUACAUUAUUAAUAUGACAUUUGAUGAUACCUUAAAUGGAAAUGGAACCAAACAAGCAUGGAAUUCCCCCUAAAUAAAUUUGACCUGUGAUUUUCCUUAACUUCAUUGUUUUGAUCUAAUGAGAAUUUAAACAGUCUGUUAGACUUGUGUAUAACCCUUUUAUAAAGUGGGAGCUGUAACACUUUUGAAGGAAGAAAAGAUUAUGAUUAUGAGCAAUCCCCUUUAACAACAUUUUGCUACCCGCCCCCGCUCCUUUAGA